CCGCCCGGGCCGCCGCGCGGGGCCGGAGAGCGAGCCCCGCUGAGCCGGGCCGAGCCGCGCGCGACCAUGUCGGUGGCCUUCGCGUCCGCCCGGCCGCGGGGCAAGGGCGAGGUCACGCAGCAGACCAUCCAGAAGAUGCUGGACGAGAACCACCACCUGAUCCAGUGCAUCCUGGACUACCAGAGCAAGGGCAAGACGGCUGAGUGCGCCCAGUACCAGCAGAUACUGCACCGGAACCUGGUCUACCUGGCCACGAUCGCAGACUCCAACCAGAACAUGCAGUCCCUGCUUCCCGCCCCGCCAACUCAGAACAUGGCCCUGGGCCCUGGAGCGCUGUCGCAGAGCGGCUCCGGCCAGGGCCUGCACGCCCAGGGCAGCCUCAGCGACGCCAUCGGCACAGGCCUGCCCCCGUCCUCCCUCAUGCAGGGCCAGAUCGGCAAUGGGCCCAACCACGUGUCUCUGCAGCAGACGGCACAGAGCACGCUGCCCACCACCUCCAUGAGCAUGUCAGGCAGCAGCCACGGCUCGGGGCCAGGCUACAGCCACUCGGGCCCCGCCUCGCAGAGCGUGCCCCUGCAGGGCCAGGGCACUAUCGGCAACUACGUGUCUCGGGCCAACAUCAACAUGCAGUCCAACCCAGUGUCCAUGAUGCACCAGCAGGCAGCCUCGGCGCACUACAGCUCGGCGCAGGGCGGCGGCCAGCACUACCAGGGCCAGUCGUCCAUCGCCAUGAUGGCCCCGAGUGGGCAGGGCGGCGGCAUGAUGGGGCAGCGGCCCCUGGCGCCCUACCGGCCCUCACAGCAAGGCUCAUCCCAGCAGUACCUGGGCCAGGAGGAGUACUACAGCGGCGAGCAGUACGGCCACAGCCAGGCCACCUCGGAGCCCAUGAGCCAGCAGUACUACCCUGACGGGCACGGUGAGUACGCCUACCAGCAGCCGUCCUACACGGAGCAGAGCUAUGACCGGUCCUUCGAGGAGUCCACGCAGCACUACUACGAGGGCGGGAACUCGCAGUACAGCCAACAGCAGGCAGGGUACCAGCAGGGCACGGCGCAGCAGCAGGCAGGGUACCAGCAGCAGUACCCCAACCAGCAGAGCUACCCGGGGCAGCAGCAAGGCUACGGCCCGGCCCAGGGAGCCCCCUCACAGUACUCCAGCUACCAGCAGGGACAAGGCCAGCAGUACGGGAGCUACCGGGCAUCCCAGACGGGCCCGUCCGCCCAGCAGCAGCGGCCCUACGGCUACGAGCAGGGCCAGUACGGGAACUACCAGCAGUGAGGGUUGGUGCCCCGCUUGGAGCCUGUGGCAGCAUGUCCACUGGGGACGCGGCCGGCGGCAGUUGUGAUGGACUGCGCCCGCUGGCUGCCCGCCCAGUGCAGUGCCUGCAGGGGAGCAUGGCACUGCUCGCAGGGGUGGCGAGAAGCCGUGGGGCGCGUGACACACUUGGUGCUGUGUAUAGUAUUGUAUGUCCAUGCAAUGGAGAGGCGGUCUCAUGUGUCCCCCCUUCUCGAUGUUUCUAGCUAGCUGUAGGGUCCUUUUGUCAUCAGAGUAGCCUGUGUCCAGUGCUGGGGCCUGUCUACAAGAUGCCAUAGUCCACGUCACACAAGCAGGCCUGGGGUCUGACCCUCUCCGUUGGAAUGUGGGCUGUGAGCGUGUCUUGUCACUGGCUCUGCAGCAGCUGGACACUGCAGCCCCUGGACGACAGUGCCUCCGUAGGGGCUGGGUCCUGUCUGUCACACACAGAAAAUGAUGUGUGAGCGUCCUUUGGAUGGAAAGGCCUGGGACGGUCCCUUCCAGAGCUUGCUCCUUAGCUGUGUCUCUCGCCAGUUCUGUUUUUCCCAAAAGGUAUAUAUGUUUUUGUACAAGAGGGAUCGUGACCAUUUCACAAGACAUGACGCGCCGGAGGCGCGGCCAGCCUCCCAGGAGAGGUGCCCCUGAGGGAGCGCGUCUGGGGCAUUGCUUUCACCGCGGACCUUCUUUAUGUGACAGUCACUUCUGGGGUUUGGAUAUUUAAUAUCCCCGAUUCUACAACUUAGAAUCCUGAGGCCAAAUUUUCCUAUCGGCUGGCAAGUUAUUUAUUUUAUAUUAUUUCUUCCAGGAACCUACUUGUUCGGAUCUCCAAGCAAGCGUUCCUUGUCUCUCUAGGGAGACGAGGAACUCGCGUGUUACUUUGUAAAGAGCCCCCGCCCGCCCCCGCGUCUGCUCGCGACGCUGUCAGCCGAGGCGGCGCGUGGCCCCCGCGCGGCGCGUCUC